AUGAAGUUCCAACAAGUUGUAGCUGGCCUGCUCCUUGCCGGUUCCGCGGCCGCAAGCCCCAUUCAGGCAGACAAGCGAAGCUUCGUGACUGAUCUUGACAAGCGCGGCUUUGUCACUGAGGCCGAGAAGGAGAAGCGCGGAUUUGUCACCGACCUGGACAAGCGUGGCUUCGUCACUGAGGCCGACCUCGACAAGCGCGGUUUUGUCACCGAGGCUGACUUGGAAAAGCGUGGCUUUGUCACCGACCUGGACAAGCGCGGCUUCGUGACUGAGCUUGACAAGCGUGGUUUUGUCACCGAGGCCGACCUGGAGAAGCGCGGUUUUGUCACCGAGGCCGACCUGGAAAAGCGCGGCUUCGUUACCGAGGCCGAUAAGCAGAAGCGAGGUUUUGUCACUGAGGCCGACCUGGAGAAGCGCGGCUUUGUUACUGAGGCCGACCUCGAAAAGCGCGGCUUUGUCACUGAGGCCGACAAACAGAAGCGCGGCUUCGUUACCGAGGCCGACCUUGAGAAGCGUGGCUUUGUCACCGAAGCCGACCUCGAGAAGCGUGGUUUUGUCACCGAGGCCGACAAGCAGAAGCGUGGUUUCGUCACUGAGGCCGACCUGGAGAAACGCGGCUUCGUCACUGAAGCGGACCUGGAGAAGCGCGGUUUUGUCACGGAGGCUGAGAAGGAAAAGCGCAGCUUCGUAACUGAGGAGUAG